AUGAUAGUACCAAACAUGCUAUUAUAUCUGAAUAUUUUGAUGGAGCUGAUUAUUGAAAAGUAUUUUAAUAAUUCCUUAUGUCUUCUUCACUAUCACGAAAACACUGAUAACUUGGUACAAUUGAGAAACAUACCGAUUUAUUCAAUUAAUGGCGAGCAGAAUCUCAUUCUGGAUACAGAACAAAUCUCGUAUAAUUCUCGAUUAUCCAGUAUAAUGGUAGCACCAAUAUACGAGAAUGAUAUUAAAACUUUAGAGGAAUUAGCUGCGAGUGACUUGAAAUUGUUGUUUUUUGAUUAUUAUUACCAACCUCUUACGCGUGACACAAGACCUGUUUAUGCUACUUUAAGCGAAAAAAUCGUUUUAAUCGAAAACAAUGAUGAUUAUGAAUUAUCUGAACAAAUGCUUUCAAGUAAAAAAUUUGCGGUUGCUCGAUUUCGCCGCAGUAAUGGGGCUUAUUAUGAACAGUACCAACAUCUUUUACAAAUGUACAAGAGGUACAAACCUAUUAAACCAGAACUAUUCACUGAUUAUCUUUACAUUUCGCUGCGUAAACAUUCUAUGCAUACUCCCGAAAUGUUAAAACUCAAAAAUACGGCGGAGGAAACCGGAUUAAUGAAAGUUUGGGAAGAACAGGUGUUGGCAGUUUAUAACAAUAUCACAUUCACAGAGCAAAUGCAAGAUUAUUCAACCAAGAUUGAAAAUGUGGCAUUAAAUAUGAAACAUUUAAAAGGAAUUUUUACUUUCUUGGGAGGCGGACUUUUAGUUUCUUUGGUAGUAUUUUUGUACGAAUUAGUAAGUUGCCGUAAGAUAACAUAUGGUGGAAAACAAUGAAUUACAAUUAGGUGAGAAAUACACGUACAGUGAGCAUUGCAAACUUUUUGUUUUCUGUUUAAUUCAUAUAAGAAUAGAUUUGGAUAUAUGCGCAGUAGGGACACAUAGGUUUUAAAAUAAAUAAAUAAUUGUAAGCGUAUUGUAACAAUUUUCUUGUUUGGGAGCAAAUAUUUGAAAACACUGCAUCUGCUAUAUUUGUCAAUAAAAUAAAUAAAAUAAAAAUAAAUAUU